UACCUACAAGGCUACAUGUAGGUAGUAUGUAGGUAUUCACAAGCUAUCCUAUCUAUUGCUACAGUACUAAGAAAGAAAACUACCUACAAGAACACCAACAACCAUACCUACCAUACCUACCAUACCUACCAUACCGAUACUCAAUUAAAUUAAGCUGGACUGAUCUUGCUUCCAUUGCUUUAAUCGAAACCUACAAACCUCUAACAAUACACACCUUCCGCCUCGAAGAAUCUAGUAGGGAAUCUAGUAGACAUACUGUGCUAUUCUUAUUCUCUAAAGGCUGGAGAGUGCCUACGGGCCAAGAGCCAAGAUGGGUGUAUCCAUUAUUGAGGAACAACGCGACAUCUUGAUCAAUACUGUCAAAAAUAUCACUGCCGGCGACUGGAAAGUCCUAGUCGUCGACAAUGAUUCCAAGAAGAUCAUUGACAAUGUUGUCAAAGAAGACGACAUUCUCAAUCAUAAUGUUGCAAAUAUCGAACUGAUCGAGGAUCGACGCGAGAUGAACCCGACCAUGGACGCUAUCUAUAUAUUAUCACCUCUACCACACAUUGUCGAUUGUCUAAUGAUUGACAUUGAGCGACGGAGAUAUAAGAAGUGCUUUUUGGUAUGGACUACCGUCCUCGAUCCUCAGCUUAGAAGGCGGAUAGACGGUUCUCCCUUAGCCAAACAACAGAUAGCCGGUUUCGAGACUCUAUCUAUUGACUUUUUCCCUCGCGAGUCGCAUCUUGUCACCUUCAGGGACCCUUGGAGUUUCCCUGUCUUAUAUCACCCCUCCUGCAAUAGUCUUGUGAGAAAGCACAUGCAAGACUUGGCUCAAAAGAUAACCGGCUUAUGUGUGACCCUUGGCGAGUAUCCCAAGGUCCGUUACUACAGACCGACAAAUCCAAUUCAUGAAGCUAGUGUGCUAUCUUCCCAUUUAGCCCGGUUUAUCUCUGAAGAACUCGAUGAAUAUGCGCAGUGGAAUCCUAACUUCCCACCACCGAGUCCGAGACCCCAAGGAGUUCUCAUAGUCACGGACAGGUCGAUGGAUUUGAUGGCACCCUUAAUACACGAAUUUACCUAUCAAGCAAUGGCACACGAUCUACUACCAAUCAAGGACGGAGAAAAGACGACGUUCCAUAUGGUUGUCAAUGAGGGAAGCCCAGAUGCCGAAGAAAAGGAUAUGGAGCUGACGGACAAGGACAAGGUGUGGGUAGAGAACCGACACCGACAUAUGAAGGACACUAUUGAUAAGUUGAUGAACGACUUCCAAAAGUUCCUGGACCAAAACCCCCAUUUCACCAAUGCGGACAGCAACACCACCAGUUUAAACGCGAUCAAGGAUAUGAUGGCCGGGCUACCACAAUUCCAGGAAAUGAAGGAGGCUUAUUCUCUUCACCUUACCAUGGCACAAGAGUGCAUGAAUAUCUUCCAGCGCCACAAGCUCGCUGAAAUGUCCCCUAUUGAACAAGACAUGGCUACGGGUCUUGACGAGGACAACCGGAAACCCAAAAACGUGCUAGAUACAAUCGUUCGCAUGUUGGAUGACGAUGCCGUGACGCAAUCAGAUCGCCUGCGCCUCAUUAUGAUGUACCUCCUCUUCCGGGAUGGAGUCAUCCCGGAAGAUAUCCAGAGGCUCUUGGCACAUGCCUCCUUACCACCCCAGGAUGGCGAAAUCGUGUCGAAUCUGGAACUGCUGGGUGGUCGUACGACACACGGGCUCAAGGAUAUCCGUAAGGACAUCCAUCCCCUAUUUCCUAUUGAUACCAAAACCCCUAUUUCCGAGGAGAAUUUUAUGGCACGAUUCCAACCGGCCGUCAAGUUUAUGCUAGAGCAUCUAUGCAGAGGAGCUUUAGACCAAACAAAGUUUCCUUACGUCAAGCCACCACUUGACCCCAAUGAAGACGCACUCAUCGGUCAAGGCUCUCUGCGAGCAGCGAAGCCUAGUUGGGCUGGGGCUGGUAGACGUGUGGUAGAUAACAAGCAACGAAUUAUCGUCUUUAUGGCUGGCGGGGCGACCUUUUCGGAGUCGCGUGCGUGCUAUGAGGUUGGCGCGACUAUGAAUCGUGAUAUUUUUCUAGCCACUAGCCACAUGCUCACUCCGCAGCUAUUUGCGCGCCAAGUGGGUGAUCUAAGUAAAGAUAAGCGACGGCUCGAUCUCCCCAUGGAGAGACCCGCCCCCAGGCCGCCGGCUCACCUAUUCGAACGACCAGCCCCACCUAUUGCGGCAGCAACAGCACCUCCUCCUGGAGGACAUCGCCCACCACCUGGCAAUGCCCCGGGACCCGCAGGACGCCCACCUGGGCCAGGCGGGCUACCUAGCGGCGGCCCGAGGGGAGGAAGCCAGUCAAAUAUAUCCACCCCACCCACACAAUCCAUGACCAACUUGUCGCUUCACAGCUCUAAACCGUCCAACGCAAGUGAUCAGAGACCUGUGUCCAGCACUGGCAAACACAAGCAGGAGAAGGAAAAGAAGAAGCGCAACAUCUUUGGUAUGAAGAAGGAUAAGGAUAGAUAAUCAGGGGGCGAUAACCUAAGACACCUGCAUGUUUGUCGAUACGAUGCGUUUUACUAGGCGAAGUAACCUGCACCCGCACCCACGCCCGCGCCCGCGCCCGCAACCCUCAAAUACG